UCUAACCACAAAAAUGAAAAAUAUUGAAAAUAACUCAAAAUAAAUGAUGGAAACCCAAAUAAAAGUUUCUGUAAUUGUGAACAGUUUUUCAUCAAUCUGCAGACUUUGUCUUCGAUCUGAAGACUUGUUACCAUUAUCCACUGUAGACGCCAUUCAGAUUUUUAAAGAAAUUACAAAAAUUGAGGUAAAUGAUGAUGAUAUACUACCAAAAAAUAUUUGCAAGACUUGCAUCAGUCGUCUGCAAGAAAUUAAACAAUUUGUAGACCUAUGUAAAGCUAAUAACACAUUGUUUCUCACUGCUGUAAAAAGCUAUGGUGUUAAAAAUGUAUCUGGCCAAGUAGGCACAAUAAUAAUAACAGAUAAUGUGGAAGUGGAACAGAUUUGGAUAAAAGAAGAACCUGAAUUAAAGAAAGAGGAAGAAGAAGCAGAGUUCUUUCAGUGUUGCAUUUGUAAUAAUACUUUUAAAGAAAAACAAUUACUUAUUGCUCAUAAAAUUAAAGAACAUAGAAUUGUAGUAGAACAUAGCUAUACUAAAGAAAUUAACAAAAAGAUACAUAUGACAAAGAAUAAUUUAAAAACAAAUAAUAAAAUUGUGAAAACAAGUGACACAGUAAGUUCAACAAAACAAAAAAAAAGUUUGGUGUCCCGUAAGAAAUUGCUGAAAAGUAGAAAAGAAUCAGUAGGGCCAUUCAAAUGUACAAUAUGUGAUCGUUCGUUGUCUUCAUACAAAGUGCUGCAUGAACAUAAGAAAAUCCAUAGUGGAGUUAGACCAUACAAGUGCCCCCAUUGUCCAAAAGAUUUCUUAUGUUCAACUAGCCUUAAGAUUCAUAUAAGGGUGCAUACAGGAGAAACACCAUACAUUUGUAAAAUUUGCAAUAAGGGCUUUCGCCGUGCUGGCUAUCUAACUGUACACAAAAGAAAUGCACAUUUUGUCAUUGAAGACAACACAGCCCAGUGUCCAAUUUGUAACAAAUUGCUUAGUAAAGUUGGGUUGAAUGGACAUCUAAGAACCCAUAAUGAGAAGAAGAUACCCAAAUGCUCUUUAUGCAACAAGGUUUUCAAGAGAAAUGAAAUCUUGCAUAGACAUAUGAUAACGCAUACAGGUGAGCGUCCCUUUUCUUGCAGCAAAUGUGGCAAAACUUUUGGCCGAGAAAGUGAUGUUAAAAGACACGAAAGAGAUAUUCACAGUGAUAAACAAGAUCAGUUGCCAAAGGAAUCAUUUUUGUGUCCCUUCUGUGGAAAGCUAUUUGCAGGAAAUAACAGUCUUAAGAUUCAUCUUAGAUACCAUACUGGGGAAAAUCCCUAUAAGUGCCAACAUUGCAAUAAAGGGUUUAAAUCCAGCGGAGUUCUAAUGAACCAUGUGAGAAAGGCUCAUAUUAGAGAAAGACGUUAUACAUGUUCAAUAUGUCCAAAGCGAUUUUUACAUCCUCAGGGCUUAAAUAGACAUACCAAAAGAGCACAUCUAAUCUGAAUAUGAAGCAUGAAAUUUUUGGAGUUAAAAAUGUUGAAGCAAUUUUACAUAAUUGAAUUAUUAUUCAUUAAUUUGUAAACAUUUUUUAUUUUUUUAGGAUUUUCUGAAAACGAUUCUCAAAUUGUCAUUACAAUCUAUUGUGGUUUAAUCCCGUAUAAAAUAUUUCAAAUGAUCAA